GUAUGGAGAGUCCUUACCAUCUGGUGGAAUAAUCACUGGAAUAGGCCUCAUUCACGGACGGCUUUGCAUGCUUGUGGCAAAUGACCCUACUGUUAAGGGAGGGACUUAUUAUCCCAUUACUGUGAAGAAACAUCUCAGGGCGCAAGAGAUUGCUGCUCAGUGCAGAUUGCCGUGUAUAUAUCUUGUAGAUAGUGGAGGAGCAUUUCUUCCAAAGUGGGCUGAGGUCUUCCCAGAGAGGGAAAACUUUGGUAGAAUUUUCUAUAAUCAAGCCACAAUAUCUGCCAAAGGUAUUCCUCAGAUUGUGCUGGUAUUGGGUUCCUGCACUGCUGGGGGUGCUUAUAUUCCUGCAAUGGCUGAUGAAAGUGUGAUGGUCAAAGGAAAUGGUACCAUAUUUCUAGCUGGACCCCCACUUGUGAAGGCUACUACUCGAGAAGAAGUCUCUGCAGAGGAUCUAGGGGGUGCUGCUGUGCAUUGCAAGACAUCAGGGGUUUCAGAUUAUUUUGCUCAAGAUGAACUUCAUGCUCUUGCAAUUGGGAGGAAUAUUAUCAAGAACUUGCACUUGGCUGGAAAACAGGGAAUGUUCAAUGCAUUAACAAGUAUAAACUUUGAAUAUAAAGAGCCAUUAUUUGAUGUAAAGGAGCUUCGUUCAAUUGCUCCGGUAGACCACAAGCAACAAUUUGAUAUCAGAUCAGUUUUUGCUCGAAUUGUUGAUGGAAGUUUUGUGAGAAUAUUUGGACAACCUGUGCGGAUCCUUGGAAAUAAUGGCAUAUUAUUUAAUGAAUCUGCACUUAAAGGAGCUCAUUUCAUUGAGCUGUGUACUCAGCGUAAUAUUCCUUUGGUCUUUCUUCAGAACAUCACUGGAUUUAUGGUUGGCUCAAGAUCUGAGGCAAAUGGUAUUGCAAAAUCUGGAGCAAAAAUGGUUAUGGCGGUAUCUUGUGCAAAGGUGCCAAAAGUGACUAUUAUAGUUGGCGGAAGCUUUGGUGCUGGGAAUUAUGCAAUGUGUGGUCGUGCAUAUAGCCCCAAUUUCAUGUUCCUUUGGCCAAAUGCAAGAAUAUCUGUGAUGGGUGGUGCUCAGGCUGCUGGUGUGCUGUCUGAAAUUGGAGGAGCCUGCAAGAAAAAGCAAGGAAUUAAGUGGACAAAAGAAGAAGAGGAAGAGUUCAAAGCCAAGGUGGUAGAGGCGUACGAGAGAGAGGGAAAUCCUUAUUACUCCACAGCAAGGCUCUGGGACGAUGGAAUUGUCGAUCCUGCUGAUACUAGGAAAGUUAUUGGCCCUCUGCGUUUCAGCUUCUAUGAACCGACCUGUAGAGGAUACAAGAUAUGGUGUAUUCAGAAUUUUUGGGGGAAGAUUUUGAGGGGCGGUUAUAGCCCAGAUGUGUUCACUUUCAAUACUUUAAUUAGGGGGUUGUGUAGGAACGACAAGAUUGAUAAAGCAACUAAGUUGUUUGGAAACAUGACUGUCUUUGGCUGUUUACCUGAUGUAAUUACUUACGGUACCAUUAUUGAUGGCCUCUGUAAGUGUGGUAUGGUGGACGUGGCAAAAGAACUUUUCUUGGAAAUGAAGAAGAAAGGAAUUUCUCCGAGUGUGAUUGCUUACAAUUCCCUCCUUCAUGGGUUGUGUUGUGUGAGGAAUUUGGAUGAGCUUGAAGGUUUGUUCAUUGAGAUGGUUGAUGAAGGAGUGAGGCCUGAUGUGGUAACAUUCACGGUUUUAAUAGCUGUGUUUUUGCAAACAACGGAGGAUGCAGGAAGCAAGUGAAUUUUUAGACUUGAUGAUUCGGAAGGGUGAAUUUCCAGACACUGUUACUUAUACCACAUUGAUCAGUGCACUUUGUCAACAAGGGACCAUGGAUGAAGCAGAUAAAUUACUAGACUUAAUGAUUCAAAGAGGUGCGUGCCCUGAUGUUGUAACUUAUACUACAUUGAUUGAUGCAUUUUGCAAAGAAGGGAGGAUGAAAGAAUCAACCAGAUUGUUAGGC